AGUAUGACGGAGCUGAGAAGAAGGUAGGAGGUGGAAUGCGAGAGAGAGAGAAAGAGCAACGGGCCGCUAAGAGUGCCGGAGUAGCAGCAUAGUUGAGUGCGAGGGUCCUGGUCCAGCGCUCGUGAAAUGAGUUAGAGACAGUAAAGCUUUCCCGUAAAUCUUUUUCUCGCGGCGUUUUUCUUUGUAUCGACGAACAAAACAGAAACGAUUGAAAGCCGAGGACGCUGCAACAGCGAUACGAAAGAAGAAGUACGCAGUGCAAGAUCGCGUACGACUACUAUCUCCAUGUGAUCAAUUAUAUGGUUCUCUCUGUUGCUCUCGACGUUACGUCUACCUGAUCCGGUCGUCCAUAAAGGGACAAGUACGGGAACAAUGGGUACUAGAGCCGUUGCCGUUGCGGCGGCGGCAGGUGCUGCCGGGAUGUCUGGCGAGGCAGGGUUGGCUGGUGUACCGAGACUGUUGGAAGAUCUGGCGCGACUCUCCGAGGAUAAAGACUCAGCUGAUAUCGUGUUUCUACUAGGGAGAGACGAGACCCCAGUUUAUGCCCACAGAAUAAUACUUCAAGCCAGGUGCAAGAACUUCACGGCCGCCAAAAGGAUCGGCACAGCCAGUAAUCCGACACCAGUGCGAAUGCCACAUGCGCAUCCGGAAACAUUCCGCCAGUUUAUUCGUUACAUCUACACCGGCAUGAUAAUAUUACAAGACAGUGGGAUUUUCGAGAUGUUAGGAUUGGCACAAGAACUUGGUAUCGAGGAACUUUGGAGAAGUUGCGAGGAACAUGUAUCUGCCACUUUAAGUCCCGGAAACGCAUGUGCACUUUUAACCGCUGCUUUGGAGGCUCAGGAACGAGUUCCAGGUGGGAAAACUGCAUGUUCAUCUUUUAUCGAGAAAUGUUUUGCUUUUAUUGGGGAAAACGCCGUGGACACUGUAAAGACGACAGCAUUUUGUAAUCUUCCAAAGGAUGCCUUGGUAAAAUUGAUAUCAUCAGAUUACCUUGGUUUGGAAGAAGAGGAUGUAUGGCGGGCUGUCCUCAAUUGGGCAAAAUAUCAGGCUGGGGUGACACAGCCCACGCAACACUGGACCGAGGAGGAGCGUUUAAGGGUGUGUCAACAUUUAUCUGGUGUGAUAAAUCAUGUAAGGUUGUUGCUGAUAGACAGUCAAGUAUUUGCAGAAGAGGUAGAGCCGACCGGAGCGGUGCCGAUAGAAAUGUCGUUGGAGAGGUACGAAUUUUUCAAUCCCGAUCGAUCGAGCGGCUCGAAAUUUGUAAGGUAUAGGUAUGCAGCUUUGCCGAACAAGUAUUCGGAGAUUUGCUCUGACAAACGGCUGCAUCCGCGAGUGAGUCCGUUCCUUUUUCCGAGUUCGCAGAUCCUUUCCAGAGACAAAGUGGGUUUCCAACGACUCUUGAAUCAAUGGUACGGAAUCUCUAAACAGAGUUGGCGAUUAGUCUACCGAGCAUCCACUCAUGGCUAUUCCGCUGCGUCUUUUCAUCGACACUGUGAUAACGUUUGUCCAACAUAUGUGAUAGUGCUGGGAGUACGCGGCGAAAUAUGCGGAGGAUUUAGCGAUGUUCCGUGGGGUAAAACUAACUCGAAGGCGCAAUAUAUUGCUUCGGAAAAGAGUUUUCUGUUCACAUUGACGAAUAAUCAAGACGUACCGCCGACGAAAUUCGAUAUUGUGAAGAAAUCCUUUGCAAUCUGCUAUCAUCCCGACAUAGGACCGAUCUUUGGUGCUGGAGCUGAUCUGCUUAUAUCGAGCAACUGCAAUGUCAACAAGGAGAGCUAUAGCAAUCUUCCGCACAGUUACGAGGGGGAUCACGCGUCUAAUCAGCUACUCAUGGGUGAUUAUCAUUUCUCGGUAGUUGAUUAUGAAGUUUUUACCCCGAGUCAUCCUGUUCCCAAAUCUAAUCAUUGAUUUAAUUAUCGUAAUAAAAUCAGCAUUUCACAUUGCUUGUAAGAAGUAUAUUUAUCUUAUUUGUUACAUUUCGUUCGUGAUUUAUAAGAAAAAUGGCGAUAAUAAUUUAGUCGUGCCAGUUAUAUUGACGUAUAUAUUAUUCAAAGAAAAAAGAAAAAAUGACAUAACUAAAAGACUGAUUUUAUUAUUUUUCAUUUUGAUAUAAUUAUAUUUUACUUAUACUUUAUAUAUACUUAUAUGAUAUUUUUUUUGUAAUAAUGUCUCACAAAUAAAUAUCAAAUUUAUCUAUUGAAUAUAUAUACUCACGUAAUAUCUACUCUGAUUCAUACGACAUACUUCAUAGUCUAAAAGAGUAAGUAUAUAAAUGUUCUGUACUCUCGGAACUAUACAUAAUACAUGACUUAUGUGUUCGUCAAAUAGAACAUUGCGAAAAAGACACACGUCAGCGUAGGUAACGCGAAUGUGUAUAUUUAUGAAACCGUCCCAUCGAGUAUUCUUGGCAUACGUACAUUGAAUAUUCAUAUCAAAGUAUUACGACUAAAUUCGGCCGUCUGUCACCUAACAUUACCACGUUAAACAGUUACAUUCGUAAAAUCAGUCUAGCCGACCUCGUAUUUUUGUAUUUUUCGCGGUGAAUUCAUGUAUAUAUUAACGUCAAGACGUGAGACUCAAUUGCUCACAUUUGUUUUAUAAAAGAAGACUAUUA